AUGGCAAGCUCCUUCGAAAAGUCCGUCAAGGGCGCGACCAAAAUCAAGGCCGCGCCUCCAAAGACGAAGUACAUCGAACAUAUCCUUGUCGCGACACAUUCGGGUGAGGCGGGAGUGGGAGAGGUCUUUAGGGUACUGCAGACCCGGUUGCGCGAUUCGACAUGGACCGUUGUCUUCAAGAGUUUGAUUACGGUACACCUCAUGAUCCGAGAGGGUUCGCCAGAUGUUACCCUAGCAUACCUUGCUAAGCACCGGAGUAUGCUGGGUUUGGGCAUGGUAUCGGAUAUCCAAACACAAGGUCGAAACAUCCGUCAUUACCACGAGUACCUUACCGAAAGGGUGCGAGCAUACCGCGACACAAAGAUUGAUUGGGUUCGAGGCAGGGAGAACCGGUUAGAGAAGCUCUCAGUCGAAAAAGGCUUGCUGCGAGAGACAGAGUCUGUACAGAAGCAGCUCACUGCGUUGCUUAAAUGUGAUGUCAUGGACAACGAACCAGAAAACGAAAUUACGGUUACCGUGUUCAGGCUCCUGGUUCUAGAUCUUCUUGCCUUGUUCCAAGCUCUGAACCAGGCCAUGAUCAAUCUUCUCGGCCACUUCUUUGAAAUGUCAAAGCCUGAUGCCGAGAGAGCUAUGGACAUCUACCGGAACUUUGCCCGCCAAACCGAUUCCGUGGUGCAUUACCUCAGUGUCGCUCGGCAAUAUGAGCACCAUACUAGAGUUGAGGUUCCUAAGCUCAAGCACGCUCCUGUAAACCUUGGACGACAGCUGGAGGAUUACUUGAAGGACCCGGACUUUGAGAUUCACCGGAGGCAGUAUCUGGCCGAGCUGGAGGCGAAGAAGAAGGGAGGUUCAUCCUCCGUAUCGAAAUUCCCAAAGGCAGAGUCAUCUACGAAGAAUACUGCCUCGGCGACCACAAGCACCAAGGAAGAGUCAUCAAGGCCGGCCAUUCCUAUCAAGUCAGCGGAUGCCAACCUCAUCGAUUUCUUCGACUCGAUCGAGCAAAACCAGACGCAAAUGAAUGUCCAGGCGCAACCGCAGCUUCAGCAACCUCAGGGACAGAUGCCAAUGAGCGCAAACCCCUGGGCACAAGCUGCUUUCCAACCUCAACCCAGUCAGCCGUUUCAGAACAACGAUUUUGCGGCUCAGGCUGCCUUCCAACAGGCUUUCCAGCAGCAACAACAGCAGCCAACAGUGGAUCCUUUUGGUCAAGUUCAGCAGGUUCCUCAGCAACAGAUGCAACAAGCUUUCACGGGAGCUGGGUAUGGGGGCUUUCCUCCCCAGCAACAAGGCUUCCAGGCCACCUUGUUGCCUCCUGUUCCCCAGGAUCCCAUGGCGAAUUUCCAGACGGCCGCAACCACCGGCUUCGGAGGCCUUCAACCACCCCAGCAAGUCACCAACCCUUUCCGACAAUCUAUGAUGAUGAACCAACAGCAAACGGGAUCUCCAUUCUCUCCAGCGAACAACUCCCCUUUCCAGCAGCAGCAACCACAACAACAGCAGCAACAGCAAAUGCAACGCCCCGUCACUGCUCAGUCUACGAACCCCUUUGCUCGCGCAUCUCCCCAGGCGGCACAACCCUUUGCUUCUCCUCCAGCCAACUCGCCUUUCCAGUCGGCUCCUCCGCAACAACCACAGCCGACCGGAACCAAUCCCUUCGCGAGGGGUUUCGCGGCUUCCCAGCCGGCUCAACAACAGCAGCAGCAGCGUCCCGUCACUGCUGGUGGCCCACUUGUUCCGACGCCAACGGGCAGCACAAAUCCUUUCCGUCAGGGUGCGUUCGUGAACCAUGCUACCGGUGUGGGGUGGCAGCAUAACCAACAGCCUAUAGGGGGCGGGUUCGACCAGCUCGAGACAAUCCCGGUGUUUCCGAGGCCAGCACAGCAAACGCCAUGGCAGCAAUGA